GCGUUUUCCAUAUUAAUGAGUUCAAUUUACGCUCUGACUUUGCUGGGCCAUAGUUGACAUURUAAUUCUAGUGCAAAUAAGUUCAGCAAAAAUUAACUCGCCUGUUAUCCAUGCACAUGCAUAGGCACUUUAUUUCCUGGAGCGGCCAUAGUCUUCUUUAAAUCCAUUCGACUGUUCAACAAUGUCCGAACAGAAUUCGGAAGAACCCGCGUCAACUGAAUUAAAAGAAUUGAGUGCAGACCACUGGGCUUCGCAUAGCAAUAAUGUCACGGCUUUGGAGAAUGGUGCCCAUGAUGUAAAAUAUGUCGUCGAUGCUGAUGAGGCUGAAGCUAACCCUGCUGUUGGAGCACUAGCCAGUGGCGGGGAAAAUUUGAAAAGAUCCACUCUCUCUUGGAAAGGAAUUAAUGUAUUUGCCCCAAUCGACCGUGGCUCGAUUUGUAAAAGACUUUGCUGCAAAGGCGGGGAAGCAGAGGAGCCAGGCAUCAAACAGAUUCUSUUUGAUGUCAAUGGCACAGUUGAACCUGGAACACUUCUGGCAGUCAUGGGUGCCAGCGGAGCAGGAAAGACCACAUUAAUGAAUGUCCUUGCACACCGUAAUAUUGGAAGUGUUCAAGUUAUGGGUACAGUGAUGGUCAAUAAYACUCCUGUWGGAAUUAACAUCAACUCCAUAUCAGCAUACGUCCAACAAGAGGAUUUAUUCAUUGGUACACUUACUGUMAGAGAACACUUGACUUUCCAGGCUCUUCUUAGAAUGGACAAACAUGUUUCCAAGAAAGAGAGAUUAGAUAAAGUAGAACAAGCACUUCAUGAGCUUGGAUUGAUGAAGUGUGCAGACACAAUGAUAGGCAUUCCUGGACGAAUGAGAGGAAUAUCUGGAGGGGAGAAGAAGAGAUUGUCAUUUGCAUCAGAGGUGUUGACAGACCCUGCAAUUCUAUUUGCUGAUGAACCAACUUCAGGUCUAGACUCCUUCAUGGCACAGAGUGUUGUUUCUACUCUUCAACGACUUGCUUCUCAAGGAAGAACUAUYGUGUGCACCAUUCAUCAACCUUCUUCUGAGGUUUAUGCCAUGUUUUCAAGUGUUAUGUACAUGGCAGAGGGUAGGGUGGCAUUUCUGGGUUCUUCCAUAAAGGCAUUGCCAUAUUUUGACAGUCUUGGUUAUUCGUGUCCACCCAACUUCAAUCCAGCUGACUAUUUUGUACAGCUUCUUGCAAUUGUUCCAGGUCAGGAAGAUGAUUGUCAUGAGCGUGCAAAGAAAAUUUGUGAUGCUUUUGAAGAACAAACUGCGAAGGAAGAUCAUGAUGAAAGCACAAGGAAGAAUUCAUUUAGUGAAAAUGAAGUUAUUACUCAUCAACCCUAUAAGGCUUCUUGGUGCACACAAUUCCGAGCUGUCCUAUGGAGAAGCUGGAUAAGUACUCAAAGAGACAAGCUUAUGUUUAGAAUUAGAGUCAUCCAAAGUGUGGUAACUGCCUUGAUAGCUGGACUUAUUUACCUACAAACACCAAUAGACACCAGUGGAGUGCAAAACCUUUCUGGUGCCAUUUUCUUUCUAGUGACAUCAGUGUCCUUUUCAUCUCUACAAGGAGUGAUUUUUGUGUUUCCUGCUGAAUUACCAGUUUUCCUCAGAGACCACAAAAAUGGCAUGUAUCGGACAGAUGUGUACUUCCUAAGCAAAACAUUUGCUGAGUUCCCUAUAUUUAUCCUGUUUCCAUUGAUUUUGAUUUCUAUUGCUUACUGGAUGAUAGGCCUCCGUCCAGAAUUUCUUCCAUUUGUUUAUGCAUUUUGCAUUUUGACACUGAUAACCAAUGUUSCGCUAUCAUUUGGUUAUAUUAUCUCUGCUUUGGUACCAACUGUUGAAGGUGCAGCAUCAAUUGGGCCCCCAUUAWUGWUACCAUUGAUGCUUUUUGGGGGAUUUUUCUUAAAAGAUUCUACUGUUCCUGAUUACUUUCUGUGGAUUAAGUACAUCUCGUGGUUUAGAUAUGGUUUCGAACUGAUGAUAGUCAACCAGUGGGAUGGCUAUGGAACUAUCAGUAACUGUACAGCAGGUGCAGAGGCAUUAUGCAUACCUGAUGGUCAAGCUGCCAUUGAAUUUCUUGGUCUGGAUAAGGACAACUUCAUGAUUGAUAUUUAUGCCCUUCUUGCUCUAUUUGUUGGCUUUCGCAUCAUAGCUUUCCUGCUCCUGCUYCGUCGAUCAAGUAAAACCCAGUGAUGUUGUCYUGACUGAURGACAUAGUUUAUAUUGGAUAAUUCAUAAUUAUUGUAAGCAUGUUUCUAGCAUUUUAUACUCAAUUUUACUAUUCCCAAUGCCAUCUUGAAAGGAAKUUUGAUUGACAGUCGCUGAACUAUGAUAGGUACUAGUGAAUAGUCCUAGAUGAGAAAAAAGUGUCUAUCACAGCAAGGCUGGGAGCUACUAUUCAAGAUGGCUCUUUAAGGGAAAUAAUAAAAAGUUAAUAUUAAAUGUUAUUGUGCUGUCUUUUAUAAAAGAAAAAGAAAUAUGCUCAGAGCUAUCAAUGCUAAUGUUCAAUCACCAUCAAUAAUAAAAAAUACAUUAAGCACAUGUAUAUCAUUGAAU